UUAGUCACACCAUCCAUAGAGUAAGACGCGCCGCACGUUAAACUUGAAAUUAUAAACAAAAGUUCGAAGAACUUCUCCCUCGAGACAUGAGUUUUCUCAGUAACCUCAAUCGAGGUUUAUGUGAGUAUGAUAUCAUCGAAGAUGACAGUGACCAGGAACGUGGGAAAGACAGCUCUGAAGAUGAGCUUGAAAUUCUCCUCCAUGGGACGAUGAAGCAGAAGAGAAAGCUGACUAGAAGCAUCAGUCGAGGCAGCUUGGAGAUGUCAGAAUCAAGCGAGGAUGAGUUCGACAAAGAAAUGGAUAAAGAGCUAGAUGAGACUAUGAGACAACAUGAGCAGCAGCAGUUUACCAGUGCAGCUGCAGAGAGUGUCGGAUCAAACCAGGCAUCUUGCAGCCAGCCGCCCAGUAAUCAAGACAAGAGCCAACCAACAAGCAAAGAGGCUCCUCCAGAGGAAGAUUUCUAUAGCGACAUCUACUUUGAUUCCGAUGAUGAGAAAGAAGAAGCCAGCACAUCCAAGCAAAGCAAAAAGCGACGUCAGAAGCACCGUGUACUAACCAACGAUGAACUACUAUAUGACCCGGAUAUCGAUGAUCAAAACCAAGAAUGGGUCAACAAACAACGUCAGAAGUACUACCCCAACCAGAGUGCCAAUGGAACGGCCGCACCGGACAUGAGCAAUGAUAGUUCCCCUGACGGUAGGAAGAUCAAAGACAGCUCCAUUCCACAGAGUGACGCCGUAUUAAACUGUCCCGCGUGUUUAACAACGCUGUGCUUGGAUUGCCAGCGUCAUGAACUGUACACGCACCAGUACCGUGCAAUGUUCGUCCUCAACUGCAGCAUUAUCCGUGCCGAGCGUCUCAAGUACAGCGUCCCGCAGAAGAUGGGACGGAAGUGGAGGAAGAAACAUAAGAUGCAGAUGGAGAGAGCCGACGCAUCAUCACCAUCGACAGCGACAAACGGCAGCAGCGGGGAUCAACAGGAGUAUUUUCAUCCUGUACGUUGCAGUAAGUGCAACACAGAAGUUGCCGUGUUCGACAGCGAUGAAGUGUAUCAUUUCUUUAAUGUGCUUACAAGCUUAUCCUGAAGCCCUUUAUCAGUACAGGUGAAAACGAAAUUGUGCUUGGCUUCAUGAUGAGCUGGGCCCAAUUUUCUACCAUUAAAAACUACUAGAGCAAAAGAUUUAGGAAACCAGGGCCCAAUUUCAUGACUCUGCAGGGAAUUCUGCACUUAUGGUCAAUUGUAUUUCACGGGUUAGCAGGGAAUUCUUGAUUGUGCGCGUGGUACUCCAUGUUGCUAGGCAUUCUUCCCUUACACACCUAUAUAAACAGAUUUCUACAUUGCACAAUUAGCUUAGAAUUGCCAUAGUAUGAUCAAAAUUCUGCAAAUUUUUCUGGCUGGCUAAAAUAAGUCACAGACAAGACACACAGUGUUUUUGUUGCAUCGUUCUUUUUAUUAGCAAGUGAUAAAUACACGAAGAAUUUAAAUAUAUCACAAAAUAUAAUUUGAAUACUGCUUUAGAGAGAUACUAUUGAGAUUCCCUGAGAACUGUAACUUUAUUAAGAAAAUAUAAAAAGUCAUUCUGUAUUUUCUUGAGGUACUUCCAGAGAGGGAUUCAAAAAUAUGUCAAUCUGAGAAACGUUUCUGCAUAAAUUGUGUAUUCUAAUAACGGACUAGUCUUCCUGCGUGAACAUAACUGCUCCAGAUUGUUGGCAUGAGUUUUAUUGUAUACAUUUAUACAGGAUUAAAACAAUCAAACGUUUCCAAAAACCAAAGGUAUACUUUAAACCUGGGUUCUUACUAUCAUUAUUAAACAAAAUGUUCAUAGUUAAGUACAAAAUACACCAAACACCAUAUGAAUAUAAUGAUUAAAAACCACUAAAAUUAGCUUGAACCAUUGAGGACCCUUUUGAUUUUUUUCAAAGCUAAAAUGCAGAAUUGUAGUUACCCGAUUCAACUAGCCACAACCACCUUUAGAUUACUCAUGGUAACGCUCCAAAUAACUAUUUCUAAGUCCAUAUAAGAGUGGAUUCACUCACAUGAUUUAUUUUAUUUUAGUUAUUUUAUUUUGUUACUUAUCCAUUUGCACUUAUAACAAAGUGAAUAGUAGAACGAGUGUUUAUAGGAUUUGAGGCAUAGCAUGGUGAGGUAUCGAUAUUUGGUUUGCGGUAACACCAUGUGUGUAUCUACU